AUCCCGGUAGAUCCUUGAAAAGACCGCCCGAAUGUGACGGUGGAGCAAGAUUGGGUGCCAAUCAGCGAGGAGGAGGGGGAGGGGAGCCUUUGUCUGUCUCUUUUACCUAGGUAAGCCAUCCGAAGCGCAAGAAAGGCAAAGGAUUUUAAAAAAGACCGAAAUUCCUACAGGGUUAUUCAAGAUGUUAGGGGGUAACAGUAUUCGCGCUGCUCUACUCCUUCAUGUGAUAGUCUCCGCCACGACGAUCCAAGAGUCAGCACUCAAGCAAAAUGGAGCAAAGGACGUUCCGCUCGACCUGUCACCACAUUACAAUAACAAAGCAUUCGGCACCUACCCGGGCGAGGCAUCCUUCGACGGAUUGGGCCAAUCGUAUCCAGCGCCGGAUUUUGCAGCGCCCUACUACACCUCGAGUGACACCGGCAUAGUAUAUACCUUCCCGGGUUACACCGGACCAUCCGCACCGGACAACGUUGUAUGCGACAACCAAAACAUACCCGUGCCAACAAACAACGGCAACACCCCGUACUUCUCGGCCUCUUUCUUACUCUCUGAGGACAAGGAGCAGGUAAUCGUGACCGGCAAUGUGACGUUCACCUACACCGACAACACCACCUCGGUGUACGAGCUGCGCUCGCUCGACUGGUACAGCAUCCUGACCAUCAACCGGGGCCAGCUCAUGUUCCCGAGCCGCUUCACGGCCACAGGGGUAAACUACAACCGGAGCCACAUAUACGAGAGCGCUGCCCCUCUGGACCCUGGGAAGGAGCUGCGUAGCAUAAACCUUCCAGCAGCCACUAGUGUGGAUGAUGGCAGGUUGCACAUCUUUGCUAUCUCCCUGAGACACGGUGCUUCGUCAGGUGGUGUAGAUGUACAGUCUGUCCGGCCAACUCAGAAAUGGCUCGAAAGCGGCGCGCAGGCGGUCGAGGUCACGAUCAACAACGUAGGAUCUGAAUGCAUUUCCCGGGACGGAUUGGUGCUAUCUCUCUCUGGGGAUGGGCUAGAAGCCACCGAAGAGGGAUAUCUGAAGCGACUGUGCCCGGGCGACCAAAAAACCAUUACCGUCGGGGUAAAAUCAUCUUCCAGUGAACCCAUCAACGCAUCAGCAGUUCUCGACGAUGGUACGAACCAGUGGUCCGUCGAGUUUGAGAAUAUCCGCUUCGGCUUGGUAGAAUGGACGACCGACCUCGACAACCUCGCCAAGCACGAGAGCCCGGACUGGUUCAACGAUGCCAAGUUCGGCAUCUUCAUCCACUGGGGCCCUUACGCGGUAACAGGCUGGGGCAACUCUUCGCCUUAUGAGAGUUAUGCGGAGUGGUUCUGGUGGUACUCAACUCAAGAUCCCACCCACGACCGCUCCGGCUUCCGUGACUACCGGCUCCGUACCUACGGUGAAAGCUGGGCCUACGACGACACCUUCCCAUCCUUCACCGCGUCCGCCUUCGACGCCAAAGCGUGGGUCGACCUAAUCGCCGACGCUGGAGCGAAGUACUUCGUGCUGACCACCAAGCACCACGACGGCUUUGCUUUAUUCGACGCGGGGGCAACCACGAACCGCACGUCUCUACACUAUGGACCGAAGAGGGAUCUGCUAAAGGAGUUGUUUGAUGCCGCCGCCGAGUAUCAACCCUCGCUGAAGCGGGGAACCUACUUCUCGCUGCCGGAGUGGUUCAACCCCUCUUUCGCACCAUACGGAUACGACAGUUGGUCUGGCUUCCCGGCCACAAACCCAUACACCGGCGCCGCGGAGUCAUACACAGGUCACAUCCCGGUCUCGGAUUUCCUCUCGGACGUGAUGCUCCCACAAAUGAAUGCGCUCGCCUACAAUUACAGCACCGACAUAAUGUGGUGCGACUGCGGGGCCGCGAACGCCACAGCGCAGUUCGCAUCGCGCUGGUUCAACACAGCGGCGGCGCAGAACCGGCAGAUCGCGAUAAACUCGCGGUGCGGGGUCCCCGAAGCCGCUGACUUCGACACGCCAGAGUACGCGCGGUUUAACUCGGCGCAGCAGCGCAAGUGGGAGAGUAAUCUCGGGAUGGACCCAUACUCUUACGGGUACAACCGCGCGACGCCGGAUGACGCGUACAUGACCGCGACGGAGAUCGUCUACAUGCUCGUCGACAUCGUGGCCAAGAAUGGAAAUCUACUGCUGGAUAUUGGGGCACGCGCUGAUGGGAGCUUGGUCCAAAUCGAGGUGGACAAUCUGCGGGAGGCGGGACGGUGGAUCCAGGCACAUGAGGAGGCGAUUUUCGGGACGACGUAUUGGUUUGUGCAGAGUGAGCUGAGUAAGGGGGCGGAUGUGAGGUUUACGCAGACAGGGGAGGCAUUUUAUGUGCUGUUUUUGGAACGGCCAGUAAUUCAGGAUGGUAGAAUUAGUAUUGCCGCGCCAGUGCCGAUACUAGAGGGAGACGAGGUGAGGUUGCUGGCUGUUGAGGGGGGUGAGAAUCUGACAUGGAAGGUAAGUGGACAAGGUAGCGAGAGAGUACUUCGAAUCGAAGUUGACGACACACUCCUGGACAAGGAAGAGUUUUGCUGGGUAUUUGAAGUCAAGUAUGCUUAGCUAGAAACUGGAACUAUCUACAGUUAGGACGUUAUAUUUGGGAUAUUGGAUAGAAUGUCAUGUGCGAUAGACUCAAGCAAACAAACUC